AUGGACUUCUAUAUAGCUCCCGAGGACGAGCUACUACUCCACAACUACCACACAUUACCCUCAGAAUGCAAAAAGUACUGGAAAAAGAGAUACGACCUUUUUAGUCGAUUCGAUGAAGGUGUAUACAUGACAUCUGAACUAUGGUACUCGGUGACUCCAGAAGCUUUGGCAAUAUUUAUUGCACGAUUAGUGAAAGAAUUGCUUCCCAAUGCACGGAAAAUACUCGAUGUAUGUUGCGGAGGAGGAGGAAAUGCUAUUCAAUUUGCACACUAUUUUCCAUCAGUCGGGGCCGUGGAUAUUCUGCCCAAUAAUCUUCAGUGUACGGUACACAAUGCUGGUAUUUAUGGAGUGUUGGAUCGAAUAUGGACACAAUUGGGAGACUGGAAUGAGCUACAAAAUAAAACAGACUGGAUUCCUUAUGGCAUCAGAAUGAAGAACAAGAAACUGAAAAAUGAAAUGUUCGACUUUGUCUUUUGUUCUCCUCCAUGGGGUGGACCACUGUACAAGAAGUCAGGACAGUUUGAUCUUGAGCAAAUGAAACCGUUUAAUUUGGAGACGCUUUGCGGGCAAAUGCGACAAUUUUCAUCCAGUUUUGGCUUUCUUUUACCUCGACAACUGAACCUCGAUCAAAUCAGAGACGUUACUGAAAAAUUGAAACUUGGUUUUUGUCGAACAAUUUACCUCAGUAAUGACGGCAGGGAAAUUGGGUUAUUGGCAUUGUUUGGCAACGCCAUGAUGAAGGAGGUGAAUAUAGACCUGUUGAUAUAUUAG